UUUUAAAUUGCUAUAUAAAUGGGAAAUUUAUUUCAUAUUUAAUUCUAAAUCUUUGUGGCUGUAGUUGGCUGUAGUUCUUUAUAUCGAAGCCCGCUUGACUCUCACCCUCCUCUAGCCCUUAAAGAAACCCGUUCCAUUGGUCAUAGCUUUUCAAAAGACGGUUGCUUUCCUCCAAAGCACAGAAACAAAACAUAUUCGCAUCUUUAACGGCUUUUCAUGGAUGAAAUCCGAAUGGAUUUUCCAGAAACUAACAUCCCACCUUCCUUCAUGUUUCUCCUCUAUCCUCUCCCCAUUCAGAACCCAAAAGCUCUACCAAUUCCCAUCUUCAGAUACCCCCAAACUUGCCCUCAACCAUAUAGGCAUAAGCCUCCUCUUAUCCAUCUCCGGUAAACAAGGAUUUAUCCUUCUCGGUUCCUCUAUCCACGCUUCCCUCAUCAAAAACCCUGAAAUUUGUAAGCCGGCUGGAGGUUUUAGGAAUUCCGAUAAUGCUCUUCUUGUUUGGAAUUCUCUCCUUGGGAUGUGCUCAAAAUGUGGCACUUUAACUGAUUUGACCAAGCUGUUUGAUGAAAUGCCAAUGAAAGAUACUGUUUCGUGGAACACUAUGAUAUCCGGGUUUUUAAGGAACGGGGAGUUUGAUAAUGGUUUCAGGUAUUUCAAACAGAUGAGAAAAUCGGGUUUUUGUUCGUUUGAUCAAGCGACUUUGACUACUAUUUUAUCAGCUUGUGAUGGAGUAGAGUUUUGUUGUGUUAAUAAGAUGAUGCAUGGUUUACUGUUUUUGAAUGGAUAUGAAAGGGAAAUUAGUGUAGGGAAUGCUUUAAUAACUUCAUAUUCUAAAUGUGGGUGUUUGAGUUCAGGUAGGCAGGUUUUUGAUGAGAUGUUUGAGAGGAAUGUUAUUACUUGGACAGCUAUGAUCUCUGGGCUAGUGCAGAAUGAAUUGUAUGAAGAAAGUUUGGAAUUGUUUAACGAAAUGCGUUUGGGAUCGGUGUGUCCAAAUUCUUUGACUUAUUUGAGCUCAUUGAUGGCAUGUUCUGGUUUGCAGGCACUAAAGGAAGGGCGUCAAAUUCAUGGUCUUUUAUGGAAGCUGGGGAUUCAGUCUGAACUCUGUAUUGAGAGUUCACUAAUGGACAUGUACUCGAAAUGUGGAAGUGUGAAUGAUGCAUGGCAGAUUUUUGAAUCUGCACAAGAUCUCGAUGAGGUUUCCAUGACUGUAAUCCUUGUUGGUUUGGCACAAAAUGGGUUCGAGGAAGAAGCUAAACGGUUUUUUGUGAGAAUGUUCGAGUCAGGAAUUGAAAUUGAUCCCAACAUGCUGUCUGCUGUUUUUGGGAUAUUUGGUGAGGAUACUUCAUUGGGUUUGGGUAAGCAGAUUCAUUCUUUAAUCAUCAAAAGAAAUUUUGGUUGUAACUCUUAUGUCAGCAAUGGACUCAUCAACAUGUAUUCCAAGUGUGGAGAUUUAGAGGAGUCAGUCAAAGUCUUCAGUCGAAUGUCUCAAAGGAACUCAAUCUCAUGGAAUUCUAUAAUUGCAGCUUUUGCUCGUCACGGGGAUGGCUAUAGAGCACUACAGUUAUACGAGGAGAUGAGAUCAGAAGGUAUAGAGCCAACAGAUGUUACAUUCCUCUCUUUGCUUCAUGCUUGUAGCCAUGUGGGCUUAGUCGAAAAGGGAAUGGAGCUCUUGAAGUCCAUGACUGAAGUUCACGGAAUUCUCCCUCGGGCAGAACACUACGCCUCUGUUGUCGACAUGUUAGGCCGUGCAGGACUCCUCAAUGAAGCCAAGACGCUCAUCGAGGGAUUGCCCUUCAAGCCUGACGUGCUCGUUUGGCAAGCUCUCCUUGGCGCUUGUGGCAUUCAUGGUGAUUUCGAGAUGGGGAAAUAUGCAGCUGAUCAGCUACUUAUAGCAACACCUGAAAGCCCGGUGCCAUACGUUUCAAUGGCCAACAUAUGUUCACUUAGAGGUAAAUGGAAAGAACGAGCGAGGACCAUCAAGAGAAUGAAGGAGGUCGGGGUGGUGAAAGAAACAGGUAUAAGUUGGAUAGAGACUGAAAAGAAAGUCCAUAGCUUUGUUGUUCAGGAUAGAAUACAUCCACAAGCUGAGGCUGUAUAUGGGGUUUUGAAGGAGCUGUUUAGACUCAUGUUAGAUGAAGGUUAUGUGCCAAAUGAGAGCUUUAAUUUCAGUUACAUAGACCAAGAUGCAAGAGGAGGAUGCACUAAUCUUGUUUAUCUCAACGGCCGAAAUUUCACUAAUUUUACUAUAAGGUCUCCACGUCGUCGUUUCUCUCCUCGACUGACGGUUAAUUGCAGAGGUAGAGCCGGAGAGGAUCCUUCGCCGGUUCUCUCCAGUUCCACCGCUUUCGCCAUCCUCGGCAUCCACCCUAACUGCUCCACCGCCGAGCUCAAAGCUGCUUUCCGUGCCAAAGUGAAGGACUACCAUCCUGAUGUAAACAGAGGUGGAGGAGAUUCUGAUACUAUGAUCCGCCGUGUAAUCCAGGCCUACGAGAUUUUAUCCAAUUACAGCCGGUCCGAGAUCAUUGAGAGGGAAUGUUUAGAUCCCUUUGACAGCCCCGAAUGCGAAGCAUUUGAUGUUUUUGUUAAUGAAGUUCUUUGCGUUGGCAAAGGGUGCCCAUAUUCUUGUGUGAAGAGAGCCCCUCGUGCAUUCACAUAUGAUCCUUCAACUGGAACUGCUCGUGCAACUUCUCAAGGACAUGCUGAAGAUUACCAAGUUCAGCUUGCAGUUGGUCAGUGUCCAAGAAGUUGCAUCCAUUUUGUGACACCUUCACAAAGAAUUAUUCUAGAGGAGUUACUUGAUAGCAUCCUGGACAAGCCUUUCGAUACUUCAGCAGAGGCAGACUUGCUUUAUUCUCUCAUAGUUAAAGCUAAGUUUGAAAAUAAUAGGUACCAGAAGCCAAAGAAGCAACCAAAAACUUCCACCAAAAAUGUUGAUUGGUUUUGACCUAGGAGUAGAUCGAAGUCAUGUCCAAUGUUUGAUCCUCAAAACAACAUGCAACCAAUGAUGCUUUUGCUUUCAUAAAAGAAAGUGCAAUAGACUAUAUAUGAACAUAUAUGCUGUCGAAUAUGUUGCGUGUAUGUGUUUCUUUGGUGAAAGGUAGCUGAACAGAAGAAUUCGCCAACGGUGGGCAAACAUCAACAAAGCAAGAACUUGAGGUGUUCUGUUGUUUCCGGGAGGAGAAAGUGUAUAACGAAGAGCAGCUGCGAGAUUGGUUUAUCCUUUGGGAUAUGUAAUAUAGCCUUGUAUAUGAUACCAGCACAAUUUUAAACCCAUCUUCUCUAUAUCUAGACACUGUACCUGUUGUUUCAUUUUCUUCUUAGCCAAACACUUACGGCUUUUGAACAACGAACAAGAGAGAUAUUAGCAAA